AUGGACUGUGGAAAAUUGGUGAAUAAGAAAAGACGUUUAAUCGAUGAGAGUUUUAUAAAUUUUGCCAAUGAAUUUGGGCAACGAUCUAGUAUGCUUUCAGAAGCAGAUAGAGAUGAGCGAAUAUGGGAUUGGUCAAGAGAAAAGAUAAGAAAACGACUGUCAUUCAUAAUCUCAAAAAAUGAACUCAAAUGGCAGAAGUGUAAUGACGAUCUUUGUGAUUUAUUACUUGAUGCAUCGAAGACGCUUUUGAAAAAUAUAUUGGAAGAAGGUUUAAAAAUGAAAAGAAGCCAUCUGAUGAAUAGCACUGGAAUAUGCCAUAUGUUUGGUGCUCGUAAAAGACGAACCGAAAGUGAUAGCCUUACUGACUCUUAUGUUGCAUUAUCCAUGAGGACACCACUGUGUAUUGCAGAUAUUGCAGACGCUUUGCGGGUAAAUUGUAGAUUUAUAAAUAGUUCGAUUCGACAACAACUGGUGGAAAGUACAGAACGAACCAGAAAACUGUAUUAA